CUUAUAGCGAUGCUUGCUGCUCGUUCCAACUGCGCUACUUUUACCCGUCGCUCCGGAGCUGCUCGCCCAGUGCCUCGGAAAAUGGCUGCCAUCCAGCGCCUGGACUGCGGGUCGCGCCUGAGCGAGGCGGUGGUGCACAAUGGCACCGUGUAUCUGGCGGGUCAGGUGCCUGAGGAUACGUCUGUGGGCGCCAAAGAGCAGACGGCCUCGGUGCUGAAGCAGAUUGAUGAGCUGCUGGCGCGCGCCGGCACCGACAAGACCAAGAUCCUGUCCGCGCAGGUCUUCCUGGUUGACAAGGCGGACUUCCCCGCCAUGAAUGAGGCGUGGGACGAGUGGGUGCCGGCCGGCCACGCGCCCACCCGCGCCACCGUGGGUGUGACGUGGCUGGCGGACCCGGGCUGGAAGGUUGAGAUUGUGGUCACUGCCGCCCUGUGAGGGUGUGCUGUGAGCGUCCAGGGCCGAUUGCUUGGAGAAGCGCAAGGGAGGCAGUCGCACACGGGAGCGGGGGGCUGACGAGGUUCAGCGGAUGGGGCGCUGCGCAAUGCACGCCGCUCGCCGCUUUCGGCUGACCUGCGGCUCAUGGAGGGAAGGGAAAUGCGGAUUAGGUGAAGCGCCGUGUGGAGUAAGGCGUGAUGCUGGGGCCCAUGUGCCGAGUGUGCAUGCUCCAACCGCGCAAAGAAGGGCUCUUUUCCAAGGUCAAUACUGCUGGCGCCAAGGUCUUUCUUGUGCCCGGCCGCUGGAGAAGCUGUAUGGCGAUGUGGGCGCGAACGCGCGAUCAGCCGCGCCGGGUGCUGAGCCAUGUUGCGUACCGACCGUGUGCGUGGAUCGGGAGCGAUGUGAUGUGGAACUCGGCGGGUUUGCUUUGCGGGUGUUUAAAAAUGUCCAAGCAGAUGUGGCACGCCACGCGACCCCCCGGGAACAAUGGAACACCAAAAAACUCGCGACUAGGCGGGUGUUGUUCUUGCUGGGGACGAGCGGCCCAAGGAACGGGUAGGAAGGGUUCUGGCAGCACACGCAGGGUGUAUGAUGACACGCUGGGUGUUUUGUACCUCCGGCUCGUGGGGGUAGAUGAGCUACGCCUUGGAUAGGGGUAGAGUCGUUUGCGGCGGAAGGUAGGGUAGGGUAUUGAGACGGAGCAGCAUGACGGUGGCUUGAACGGGAGACCUUGUUGUUGAGGGGGUGUGAACGGUCUGGGGUUUCACACGCACGGCGUGGCAGAGCUGGAUGGGCUGUGUCACGUGCUGUGAGUGCGGAGCUUGGGCUUAGGUUAACCCGAAGCUAUGCUAGCUGCGCUGGGCGUUUAGCUGUGGGAGACGGGGUCUGGUCUGGUAUGCGUUGACGGGAACUCGGGGAACUUGAGGGAGAAGGGAGAAGGGGGGAGAGGGGCUUGCAGGCACGAGGUCGCUGCAGCUGGGCCGUUGUGACUUGGCUGGGUUGCCGGGAGUCAGAGUCGGAUAGCGUUCAACUCC